CCCACCAGCCGAGAACGGUGCCGCCGCCGGCUCGCGAUCGAUUGCAGCGCGAGCAUAUUGCCCCUCGCGAAAAAUUUGAUCCACCAUUGAGGGGGUGCCGCUCGGCUCGCGGCUCUCAUUGCUCUCAUUUUAUAUCUAUGCGCCCGAUCCCCUGCGCUAGCUGCCUUUUUUUCGACCCUUUUUCUUCCAAGUUUUGCGACUUUAUGUGAAAAGGGUCGGGUUGAGGUUGUACGACGUUCGACCCCAGAUUCCGGAUCCUGGAUACUUUACGGGCACUCCCGCGCAGCAACCAUGGCGUCGCUAGCCAUCGCCUUGCGCCUGCCCCUCCUCCUCUUCCGCAAGCCCUCCAAGGGCCGCAAGCCAUCCAAAGCCAGCACCGAAGAUGACGCUCCCCAGCGCCUGCUCACCUACAACGAGCUGCCCGACUGGUAUCGCAUCGAAGCCUCCCCCUUCAUAACAGCCUCCUACCGUCCGCCCUCCCACAGCGUCGCCAAAUCCAUCCAAUCGCUAGCCCACCUGCACAACGAAACCGCAAACAUCUACACCCACCUCAUCCCAGCGCUCGUCCUCGCCUUCUCCCUCCCGCUCCUCCAACUCAACAUCUCAGACGCCUACGCCGACGCCCCCUGGCUCGACCGCUUCAUGCUUACCCUCACCCCCAUCGCCGCGCUCUUCACCUUCAGCGCCUCGGCAAACUUCCACACCCUGUGCAACCACUCCGACGCCGUCUCCCUGUCCUGUCUGCUGCUCGAUUUCACCGGCAUCCUUACGCUCAUCCUGGCAUCAUUCAUAUCGGGGAUCUACGUCGGCUUCUACAACCAUCCCUUCGAGCAGCGCCUCUACUGGACCAUGAUCACCACCCUAACCGCCACAUCCGCCCUCCUCGUCCUGCACCCCUCGCUGCAGGGCAUGCAGUACCGCCCGCACCGCACGACGGCGUUCGUCCUGACCGUGCUGUCCGGUCUGGGUCCGACGUUCCACGGCAUGUACGUGCACGGCGUGAGCCGGGGGUGGCACGAGUGCGGGGUGAAGUGGUGGGCGGCCGAGGGGUGCUGGUAUGCGCUAGGCGUCGUGUUUUUCGUGAGUCGGUGGCCGGAGCGGUGGGCGUGGAGGAACGAGCGGACCAGAGGCAUGUUUGACAUCUGGGGCGGGAGUCAUGGGAUCUUCCAUGUCUGUGUUGUGGUCGGGGCGGCGUGUCAUUGUUGGGGCGUUUGGGAGGCGUGGAGAUGUGCGGUCUAAUGGAGAGAGGAGGUGUUUUUGGUAAUGGUAUUUUGUAUAUAUGCAUCUAUAGACGGGUGCGCGGCGUCAUGGGAUAUGUAGAAGACUGCCACAGCGCAGGUUUCUUUCGUGAGG